GCCGUUUUGGUUCUUACAGCAGACAUCAAGGAUACAGAGACAGACAGAAUCAAUCACCAUGCACAGGUCCUGUCAGCUUCUGUUUAUGUUCCUGCUGUCUGGAUCAGUAUGGACAGGUGGGAAGUGGAGUUUCAGAGGAGAAAACGGUCCCGAAAGCUGGGGAAAAUCCUACCCGAAGUGUGCUGGUGCCCGUCAGUCUCCUAUCCUCAUCGAGACAAAGAAUGUCAUCUACGACAGCUCCCUCACAGGCUUCACUCUCACAAACUUCGAUAACCGCGACUCCAGUCUCAACUGGACUCUCAUCAACGACGGGCACGUAGCGAGUGUCAAAGUCGUCAGUGGGGCCAUGACUAUAACGGGUGGCGGUCUGGACGGCCCUUACCGGGUGUUUAUGUUUCACUUCCACUGGGGCGCCAACAGCUCAAGGGGCUCUGAGCACAGGGUCGAUGACAAGAGCUUCCCCAUGGAGAUGCAUAUUGUCAGCUACAAGGUUGCAUACAACAACUGGACUACUGCUCUCAACUACGGCGAUGGCGUGGCAGUGCUUGCAGCUUUCUUCGAGAUAGCCGGGACGGAGCAUGCCACUCUUGCUAAGGUGGUCGCAAGAUUGCCAGAAGUACGUGAAGAAUCUAGCGAUGUCCCCAUUGAUGUCUUCAAUCUGCUGGAUUUAAUGCCAGCUGAAAGAAGUAAGUACUACAGGUACCUGGGAAGUCUGACCACUCCUGAAUGCUUUGAGGCUGUGAUCUGGACGGUUUUCCAGCAGACCAUCAAGAUAUCGGAGGCACAGGUCUCCGCAUUCCGUACCCUGACUGAAGGCAAGUUAGUAAAUGAGACAUUUCCUCUAAUCGACAAUUUCCGUCCUGUCCAGCCUCUUGGUGGUCGUCAGGUCAGAGCGACCCCAGUGUCGACAUGUUCUUUCUGCGGUCUAGCCCUCAGUGCCGAACUUGUUUUGCUUUCUCAUCUCUUGUUUGCAUUUUUGCUUGAAUAACAACAGUCAAACAGAAAAAUACAAAAAUUAAAGUUAACGCUCGAUAAAACUGGGAAAAGGACCGUUUCACAAUGUUACCUGCAUUCCUAGAAAAGUAGAUAUGUAGAUGCAAAUUAAUUUAUUUUUAGCUGCGGAUGCAUGCAAACACACUUACGGUACUAUGCUUGAGGAAUAAGGAGGGACGAGCAGACAACUCCACUAUCACCUGUCGCCGAGUGGUUAGUGCGUUCCUCUGUCCAGCAGGAGGUUGUUGACUUAUUCGGUUUUAUCAACAUUAAUCAGCUACUCCUAUGCCUAUUC